CUCCUCUCCCUUGUCCAAUUCUAGUGUUUCUAUCCACCAAUUUUAUAUGGCAAGUCCCCCCGCCGCUACUGCAGCCACGGCCGCAACCGGCGGAGACUCUAGGCGUCGCCUCUCCGCUUCCAUCAGUGAAGCAAUAUGCAAGAGAAGAUUCCGGAGAAACAGCAAAGGCGGUGGCAGACCGGAUAUGGUGAAACCUUUUAAUAUCAUCAAUUUUCCGACAGGAGACAAAAACAGUAAUUGUUGUUGCAGCAAGUUUCAGAUCGUAAAGAUUAUUUUGUUUAUCCUUCUAUUGGCUACUCUCUUCACCAUCAUCUAUUCCCCUGAAGUUUAUCAUCAUUCCCUUUCCCACUCUUCUUCUAGAUGGAUAUGGAGAAGACAAGAUUCAAGAUAUGUUUCAGACCUGGACAUAAAUUGGGACGAUGUGACCAAAACCCUUGAGAGCGUCCAAGAAGGCCAUACGAUCGGUGUCUUGAAUUUCGAUUCGAACGAGAUCCAACGGUGGAGAGAGUUAGCCAAGACUAAAGAAAACGAGGAUGAGGAAAACGUUGUCGUACUGGAGCUGGACUAUGCAGAUAAGAACGUGACUUGGGACGCACUCUACCCAGAGUGGAUCGAUGAGGAGCAAGAAACAGAGGUUCCUGUUUGUCCUGAUCUCCCAAAGAUCAAAGUACCUACAAGAAGACUCGAUCUGAUCGUCGUGAAGCUUCCUUGUCGGAACGAAGGGAACUGGUCAAGAGACGUCGGGAGGUUGCAUCUGCAGCUGGCGGCAGCGACGGUGGCCGCUUCGGCAAAAGGGUUUUUCAGAGGUCACGUGUUGUUUGUCUCUAGAUGCUUUCCGAUUCCGAAUCUGUUUCGGUGUAAGGAUCUUGUGUCUCGGAGAGGCGAUGUUUGGUUAUAUAAACCUAAUCUUGAUACCUUGAGAGACAAGCUUCAGCUUCCUAUAGGUUCUUGUGAGCUCUCUCUUCCCCUCGGCAUCAAAGAGAGACCAAGUUUAGGAAACCCUAAAAGAGAAGCCUACGCUACCAUCCUUCAUUCAGCUCAUGUUUACGUCUGUGGAGCAAUUGCUGCGGCUCAGAGCAUACGACAGUCCGGUUCAACAAGUGACCUCGUGAUCCUGGUCGAUGACAACAUCAGCGGUUACCACCGGAGUGGACUCGAAGCUGCGGGGUGGCAAAUCAGGACGAUACAGAGGAUUCGAAACCCUAAAGCAGAGAAAGAUGCUUACAACGAGUGGAACUACAGCAAAUUCCGACUAUGGCAACUCACUGAUUACGACAAGAUCAUCUUCAUCGACGCUGAUCUCUUAAUCCUGAGAAACAUCGACUUCUUGUUCUCGAUGCCUGAGAUCUCAGCGACAGGAAACAAUGGAACCCUAUUCAACUCGGGAGUUAUGGUGAUCGAGCCUUGCAACUGUACGUUUGAGCUUUUGAUGGAACAUAUAAAUGAGAUUGAGUCGUACAACGGUGGAGAUCAGGGUUACUUAAACGAGGUCUUCACAUGGUGGCAUCGGAUUCCGAAACACAUGAAUUUCUUGAAGCAUUUUUGGGUUGGGGAUGAAGAUGACGUGAGGCGCAAGAAAACGGAAUUGUUUGGAGCAGAGCCUCCGAUUCUUUAUGUUCUUCAUUACUUGGGAAUGAAACCGUGGCUAUGUUACCGUGACUAUGACUGUAACUUCAACUCCGACAUAUUCGUUGAGUUCGCGACGGAUAUUGCUCACCGACGAUGGUGGAUGGUCCACGACGCAAUGCCAAAGGAGCUUCACCAAUUCUGUUACUUGCGAUCCAAGCAAAAGGCACAGCUGGAAUAUGAUCGCCGGCAAGCCGAGGCCGCAAACUACACCGACGGCCACUGGAAAAUAAGAGUAAAGGACCCAAGAUUCAAGACUUGUAUUGAUAAAUUGUGUAACUGGAAAAGCAUGUUGAGGCAUUGGGGAGAAUCAAAUUCAAAUUGGACGGACGACGAGUCUUUUGUACCUACCCCACCGGCUAUCACCGCCGUCCGGAGAUCCUCGCUUCCCGGCCAUAACUUGUGAGGUGAUACAUGCGUACCCAAUUACAUAUUAAUGAAUUUCAUAAGUGUUUUUCUUUUCCUGUGAGAUUAGGUAAAUAUCAGAUGUAUAACUAAUUUUUUAUAUCUCUCUAUUGGAAUAAAAUGUUAUCACUACUAUUUAAAACAGAAGAUCAUUUUUU